AUAUUCUCAUGGAUAUUCUAUUUUCUGCCCAUUUGUUUGUCUCUCAACAUCGACGACUAUGCCGCUUCGAGCUGCGAUUCUUCAUCAUGGUCGUCACGAACUACUUCCGAAAAUGACGAUGAUGACUGCGGUUCAAAAAGGACUCAAUCGUUGCUCAAUAUCAAGUCUUUAAAAUGUUCGACAACUUCUAAACUGGCUGCCUGCAAAUCGGUAUUCUCGUCGCUCACUAUUCGUCCAAAAAAGCCACGUACUCCAUUAUUUCAUACAAAUAUUGUGGAUGAGCUAUCUAACACUGAAGAUUUCCUUGAUUUUAAUGAGAGCAUAUCGUCAAGGGACGAGAACGAAGAUGUCAGUAUCGACGAUCUCUUCAAUGCUCUCAAAAUGCAGGAAGAAUCGUUUCCACCUCCAAACAGUAAUUCUUCUCUUUCGUCGACGAUUCGUCGCAAGCAAAUCGUCAUCAAAGAGCCGGACGACUCGAGCAAAAUCUAUUUCGACUACAGGUCGAAAAAACGAAAACCAAUGCCGUUCAGAAGCGAUACUAAUACUCCAAGGUCGAUAUUGAAGAAAGUGCCCUCUCUCUGUCAUACGCAUCUUUACGAAGAAGUCGAAGGCGAUCAUCUCUCACCAUUGCCUGACGAUGUGCGACCACAGCCUCCUCGUCGGCCCCAAAUUCAACCGAUACGACUCUUCCCACCAUGUAGCGAAUUCCAACCAAGACGACUGAACAGGUUUCCUCCGGUAAAACGACGACAGAAAUUGCCAAGUCUUCAUCACGCCGACAGCCAAUCCUGUUUGCUAUCGUGGCCAAGCCGUCUACGUCAGAAAAUUUUCCAUGAAGGCGAUCGUUGA